AUGGCCUCCUCGGAUGAUUCGAACAGCACCCCGCUUGCAAAGGAACACAAAAGCCUUUUACAGAACAUGCAACAACAUGAUACAGAGAGGAUAGCCUCUCAGUCCAUGUCCGAGUCUGCCACCGCCAACCCAGACCUCGGCGAGCUCAAUGGCACUUUGAAUCGCCUCUGCGACGACCUCAAACGACUUACAGCGAAAGUGGAAGCCUCUUUGAACGGACAUUCCUUGAGCAUGAGCCAGUUGAAGCACCUCAGGGGAGAAUUCCACGAGCCGACCGGCAAAUUUGGAAGCGCGGAAACCAUGCUCAAAACCCUCAAAAACUACCUAUGUCCCGCUAGUGCCCUGCCACCUGACAUCUGGCGCCACAUCUUCCAUCUCACCAUCGCGCAAGCCAAGAUCGAGUCCAAAGGUACACCUAACUAUCUUGGCGUACACAGACUGCAGACGAACUACAGCCGUCUGGCCACGCUCGCCACUGUCUGUCGUUAUUGGCAUGAUAUCUGCGUCCAGACGCCCUCUCUUUGGAGUUGUGUCAUCUGGCGUACUUCUCCACUACAGGAACAGGUUCUCAGGUGCCAUCGUGCCAUGCCGCUGGACAUCUCCCUUCGCGGACACGGAGUACCCAAGGUGCUUCUCGAACCAUCGAACGUGCGAUGCAGAGCGUUGGAGUGGUCACAGUGCACCGAAGACAGUAUCACCAAAGAAGGCUGGCUCCUAGCCCUCUCGGGCGAAGUUCUCGAAGACUUGACGCUUUCAUGUCACGAAGUCCGCGCCUCCGAGAGACCCGAGACGCCUAUGCGCAUCAUGCUAUUCGGCGACUCGACUCCCCAUCUGCGGAGUGUGUCGUUGUGCGGCCUUACCUGGGCCCCGAAGAACCGUUUCAUCACUGUGACGCAACUGUUGAUAGGCCACAGCUCAUGGUCUCAUCCAAUCUCGACUAUUCUUGACCUCCUCAGCGGCACUCCUCAGUUGGUUGACCUUGUCCUAUCAGGGAUGUUGUCUGAGCAGCAAGAGGUUGUCGUUCUGGGUGGCGCGAGGAAGGUUCACCUCCGGAACCUCCGACGGCUCUGUUUUCAUAACACUGGUACCGGAAGCCAUGGCAUCGUAUCGUUCUUCCCAGCGUUGGUUGUAGCGCCGCAAACUGUUGUUUUGGUGAACAACGAAUCUGCGACGUUUGAGCGCUGGACACCAGAGAUUCUGCUUCCAUUUGAUCUCAGCCCUACCACCAUGCAGCUCAGGUUUCACCUCACCCCGUAUUCAUACCGAGAAGUCGGUAGGCUCCAAUUCUCGAUCAUCGCCGCCAGUCAACAUUGCGGGAUCAUUUUGACAAGAAAAUCCAUCGUCCCCGCGCAUCAGGGCUAUCGCUUCGCCAACAUCAUCGACCUAUCUCAAAUACAACAUCUGCGAUACUUCGAGGCCCUCCAGUUCGGUGUUAUUGGUGGCAGCCCGCCCCCUCCGUGGGCCUCAUGGGUUUGGUCUUCUAUCCUUCCGGAGCUAUCAGCGCUGGAACGACUGACGAUCUUUGGUCGCAGUCUGCCAGACAUCGCCAAAGCGCUCGACGGCGACGGGCUUGUGCGCAUGCAGCAAGGCCUAUGCCCACGGCUAUCCCGGAUCGUCGUCCUCCUGUCACACAGAGAUCCACUUGUCGAGGCGACCAUGGCCAAGCUCGUCACAAUACGGGAACGGCUGCAAUUCUCCUGCGUCACUAUUGGGUAUCUCUCGGACUACAGGCAUGAGAGGUGGUAUCAGCAAAGCGAAGACUACCUCUUCGACUCGGUGGAGUACGCGGACUACGAGAGAGUGCCGGGAAUGAAGACCUCAUGGCCCGACCAAUCAGAUCUUCCUGCACUACCUUCCGCGUACUGGCCGGAAAUCGAAACAUAUUCGUCCCAGAUGCUCAUGCGGCUAGUGGUAACAGGAGCCCUGCGUAGGAGCUACGACGUCGCGAUGGUUUCGUUACCAGAGUACGUCUCCUACGUUCUGGCGUCGCCGAUGAAAGAGGGCUAA